AUGUCGAAAACUCGAUCCAAGACGUCGGUACUACGAGGCCUUCUGGCGACAUUUUCGGGCAUCUACAGUUUCAUGGAAAGGUACAACGAGGAUAGGGAUUCCGGUGAGCUGGCGGUGCGACUGGAAAAACUCGACCCACUGUGGGAAAAGGUCGAAGAAGCGUUUACGGAAGUGGAGGAUGCGGAUGGUGAGGCUGGAGGAGAGGAAAACCGGUAUGUAAAAGAUCGCCUUGAUUUUCAAAAUAAAUUCUUCGAGUUGAAGGCAUUCCUAACUUCGAGAAUUCGGAUGUGCUCUGAAAUUAGUGCUGCCCUACCGACCCAUGAGUCCACCAUUAUUACCUCCUCGCAUCCACAUGUUAAGUUGCCACUAAUAAGUCUGCCUAAAUUCUCGGGAAAUGUGGAAGAUUGGUUGGCCUUUCGGGACUUAUUCUUGUCGCUAAUUCAUCAUUCGCCGGACUUGCCAAUGAUUGAAAAAUUUCAUUACUUGCGAAGCCAAUUAGAAGGAGAAGCACUAUCGGUAAUUUCAUCGUUAGCUCUGACACAAUCGAAUUAUAUGAUCGCAUGGGACUUGCUUGUAGCACGGUAUUCUAACAACAAGGUUUUGAAAAAACGACAGGUUCAGAACAUUUUCGACCUUCCUGUCUUGAGGAAGGAAUCGGCCACGGAUCUCUACAAACUGGUUGAGGGAUUCGAUAAGGCGACGAAGGUUUUGGAUCAAGUCAUUCAAGCAUCGGACUACAAGGAUCUUCUCCUGAUUCACGUUUUGAGUUCUCGGUUGGAUGAUAAAACACGUCGGAGUUGGGAGGAACAUUCGUCCACAAUGGAAGAGGAAACUUUGAAAGAUUUUGUUGAGUUCUUGCGUCGUCGAAUCCAUAUUCUAGAUUCUCUACCCACAAAAACUAUUGAGCCAACCCAAUCACUUAAUCGGAAAUCCAAUCAUAUCAAGGUCGCUAGUCACGGUGCGGUUCAAUUACCAUCGGAAUCCUGGAAAUGCAUCUGCUGUUCAGAGUCUCAUCCUUUACACACGUGUCCUGUUUUUGAAAGGUUGCCAGUGGAGGAAAGGGAAAAGCGUCUGCGUCUUCAAUCGCUUUGCCGGAACUGUUUUCGUAGGGGACACAGGGCUCAAGAGUGUUCAUCCAAAUUUUCCUGUCGGCGGUGCAAGGGGCGCCACCAUACAUUAGUUUGCUUCAAAGCAGAAGAGGGCCAGAAUUCACAACGGGUGAAAUCUGGUAGUCCUAGGAUUGGCCAAGCAGUUAACGAUGGUGCAUCUACUAGCGGAGGCAAUGAAGCGCAGAGGGUUGCUUCCAAUGUGGUCAGAACAGCUCAAAAAAUUCUCUUGGCCACAGCGAUUGUUUGGGUGCAGGACGAUUCUGGUCGCAAGGUUCCUGCGAGAGCACUGUUGGACUCUGGAUCCGAAUGCAACAUCAUUUCCACGUCACUAUCCCAGAGGUUACGAAUCCAACGUGGAAGGGUGCAGGUGCAAAUCAGCGGAGUAGGACAGGUUCCUACAAAUACAAAGGAGAGGGUGCGAGCUACGAUCCAAUCAUUUCAAUCUGAUUACUCGCAACCGAUGGAGUUUUACGUGCUGCCCAAGGUAACGGAGGAUCUUCCCACGUCAAACAUUUCUAUUUCCACUUGGCGCUUACCAGAAGAAAUCAAAUUGGCUGAUCCGGACUUUUUCAAAUCUCAUCCUAUCGAUCUUCUUCUUGGUGGCGAGUAUUUUUUCUGCUUUUUCCCAACAAAGCAACGGAUUCAAUUGGGUGAAGGACUUCCAAUGUUGGUUCACUCAGUUUUCGGAUGGCUGGUUACUGGUCGAUGUGGUGUAAGCAGUGGAGAGGCUCCUAUCUUAUGCCAGCAUUCAUCAAUUUUACAAUCCUUGGAAAGAUUAAUGAGCAAAUUUUGGGAAAUCGAAGAAGGUCGGUCUUCGUCUAAAUAUUCCGUGGAAGAAACCCGAUGUGAGGAAAUUUUUAUUGAGACGGUAAAAAGAGCGGACGAUGGUCGGUACAUAGUUGGUUUGCCGAAAUCCCCCGAAGCUGUGGCACGUCUUGGAGAAUCGAAAUCUGCAGCUUUACGAAGGUUGCUACAGUUGGAACGUCGUCUAGAUCAGAAUGAAUCGCUGAGGAGCGAAUACAAUGACUUCAUGUCUGAGUAUCUAAGUCAUGGUCAUAUGAGAAAGGUUAUGGAACCCAACGAUAACAUUCCCCACUUCUAUCUUCCCCACCAUCCGGUAAUCAAAACUUCCAGCACCACAACACGUGUGCGGAUUGUGUUCGAUGCCUCGGCAAAAUCAACAAAUGGAAUUUCCCUCAACGACGCACUUUUAAAUGGGCCAGUUAUCCAAGAUGAUUUGCGGACGUUGAUUAUUCGGAGCAGGUUUUUUCCCAUAAUUCUGAUCGCUGAUGUCGAAAAGAUGUUUCGGCAGGUUUGGAUCGAUGCUGCCGACUUGCCACUACAGCGAAUUUUGUGGCGUUUUUCCCCAACUGACCCCAUCGACACAUUUGAACUUUUGACCGUUACUUACGGCACAAAGCCAGCUCCAUUUCUUGCGACACGUUGUCUGAAACAACUGAGUUUAGAUGAGGCAUCAAAUUACCCUUUGGCAGCAAAAAGGCUAGAAAAAGACGUCUACAUGGACGACGUAAUCACGGGAGCUAUGGAUGUAGAUGAAGCAAAGGUGCUUCGGAAACAGCUCGACGAUCUCACUCAAAGUGGCGGAUUCCGUCUGCGGAAAUGGGUGUCCAAUAUUCCAGCGGCCCUGGAAGGUAUUAGCGAGGACAAUUUGGCCAUUCCGUUUGGUGACGGGAUUGAUUUUGAAGCUGAGAAAACAGUUAAAACCCUAGGAUUGGUUUGGGAGCCAAAAACGGAUACUUUUCGGUUCAAUUUGGAGUUUUCACCAGACUCAUCGGAAACUCUUACCAAAAGAGUUAUUCUAUCUCGGAUUGCAAAAAUUUUCGAUCCUCUUGGAAUGCUUGGACCCGUUGUCACAAGAGCUAAACUAUUCAUGCAGGAAAUUUGGCUGUUGAAAAAUACAAACAACGAAGCUCUUGGUUGGGACGACAAUCUACCCGAAGAACUUGUUAGAAGAUGGAUCCAAUUUUAUUCAUUAUUACCCAAACUUCAAGUCUUGCGCAUACCCCGUUUUGUUGGAAUUUAUCAUCCUGUUUCUUCGGAGCUUCAUUUCUUUUCCGACGCUUCCGAAGCAGCAUACGGUGCAUGCGUGUACCUGCGCUCUCAAGAUGAUAACGGACAGGUGACCGUGUCGCUGAUCACAUCGAGAUCUCGCGUUUCCCCAUUGAAAAAGGUUACCAUCCCCAGGUUGGAAUUGUGUGGCGCCUUUAUUUCGGCAGAAUUACUUCAAAGGAUAACGGAAGCCAUGAAUAUCCCAUACACAUCCUAUUUUUGGACGGAUUCUAGGACGGUUUUGCAGUGGUUUGCCCAGCCACCAAGCACCUGGUCAACGUUUGUAGCAAACCGAGUUUCUUUCAUCCAAAAUGCUACCCAGAACUCUCAUUGGAACCACGUACCUGGAGUACUCAACCCGGCAGAUCAGCUUUCGAGAGGUUUGGAUCCGGAAUCGGUGAUACACGACGAAGCAUGGUGGAAUGGACCACCGUGGCUAGCCCAGGAGAAGGAAUUUUGGCCAAAGCAAUCAGAUUUACACUCCGAAGCAGAAAAUAUUGAUUUAGAGCGCAAGCGCAUUUCAAAUCCCAACGUUAUUUCCCCCAACUCAAAAAACGAAUUUAGUGAUUGGUAUUUUUCCCAGUUCACCGAUUAUACAAAAUUGGUUCGAGCCACAGCAUACUUUCGACGUUUUUUGAAGUACCUACGAGCCACAGAAAAAGAGAAAAUAAAUUCGAAACCUCUUUUUGCCCAAGAACUCCACGAUGCAGAACACCGACUGGUUCGUAUGGUACAAAAGGAUUAUUUCCCCAAAGAAUAUGCCGCUUUACAAAAGGGUAAUCCUGUACAUCGAUCAUCCAAACUUCGUUGGUACGUUCCGAGACUCGACGAGGAUGGAAUUAUUCGCAUUGGUGGCCGACUGCAAAACUCCGAACAGCCCGAAGAUGCGAAACACCCGAUGGUCAUCCCAGGAAAACACCCGUUUGCAGAGCUACUAGCUGAUUGUUAUCAUCGUCGUCUACUACAUGCUGGUUGUCAACUGCUGUUGAGCACGAUUCGACUGAAAUUUUGGCCGCUAGGAGGAAGGAAUUUGUGUCGAAAGGUUAUCCACAAAUGUUUGAUUUGUUUCCGAGCAAAACCCAACUUACAACAGCAAUUUAUGUCCCAAUUACCGAAAACUAGAAUUACCAUUUCAAAACCAUUCACCAACACCGGCGUCGAUUAUUUUGGGCCAGUUUAUAUUCGACAAGGCUUUCGCAAAGGUCCCGUGAAGGCGUACGUGGCCGUCUUCGUUUGUUUUGCCACAAAGGCAGUCCAUUUGGAACUAGUUUCCGAUCUGUCCACCCAGAGAUUCAUUCAAGCACUUCGUCGUUUUAUUGCGAGGAGGGGUAAAUGUCGCAACAUGUAUUCCGACAAUGGAACGAAUUUCGUCGGCGCACGAAAUACCAUGAAGGAACUCAUCAAGAAGCUAAAAACCCGAACUCAUCAUGACGAAAUCCAUAACGAAUGCAUCGAAAACGGUAUCAACUGGCACUUCAUCCCCCCUGGUUCUCCCCACUUUGGCGGACUCUGGGAAGCCGCUGUCCGAUCCGCUAAGAAACACCUCCUCCGUGUGUUAGGUACCUCCUCCGCUUCCCAAGAAGAUUACAUCACUCUCCUCGCCCAAGUUGAAGCCUGCCUCAAUUCGCGCCCGCUGACCCAGCUCACCGAUGAUCCCACCGACCUAGAACCGCUCACCCCUGGCCACUUCCUCAUCGGAUCCUCGAUGCAAGCACUCCCCGACGAAGAAUUGAGCAGCGUUCCUGAGAAUCGGCUAAACCAACUUCAGCUCAAGCAGCAGCAACUCGACCGUUUCUGGCGACGGUGGAGCACCGAAUACCUGACACAGCUUCAAGCUCGUGUCAAAAAUUGGCAGCCUCCUAUUGACAUCCAGCCCGGCAGACUCGUCAUCAUGAUCGACGAAAACCAACCCUCGAUGAACUGGAAAAUGGCCCGUAUCCAUCAACUCCACCCUGGCGACGACGGUGUGACGAGAGUCGUUACACUCAAGACUGCUAAAGGCUACACCAAGAGGGCCAUCAACAAGAUUUGUCUUCUUCCCAUCACCACGGAUCCUGCAGACGAGCAGAAGGUUUCUGAAAUGUAG